AAAAGUCAAAAUUGGUGGUAGCCUCUCAAUACCGCCCCAUGUUUUGGUAUUCCAUUAAAAUCCAGAGAUCUGUGCGACUGUGCUCUCUUCCAAUUCCACGGCAGCCAAUGAUAUAUAUUCUUUAAAACGUGGGAGCCACCGAAUUCUUGAGUGAUAUAAAAACACCCACCAGUUCAGCUCACAACCCAUGACUGAUGCUUCUCCCUUCACCUUCCUCUUUAAUUUAUUAAAAAGCGAUUUUAAAAGAAAUAAACUUUUUCUUGCCAAAAAAAAAAACCCUCGGAUUCUGCUUCUGUAAAAAAAAUGGCCGAUUCUCCUGUUACUCAGAUGAAGAUUGUUAAAGGCGACUAUGGAUAUGUGCUUGAAGAUGUUCCUCAUCUCUUCGAUUACAUCCCUGAUCUGCGUACUUAUCCUAAUCCAUUGCGAUCAAACCCUGCUUAUUCUGUGGUCAAGCAGUAUUUUGUUCAUGUAGAUGAUACUGUUCCUCAAAAGAUUGUUGUUCACAAAGACAGUCCAAGAGGGACACAUUUUCGGCGAGCGGGCCCACGCCAGAAGGUGUAUUUUGAAUCCGACGAAGUGCACGCUUGUAUAGUAACAUGUGGUGGUCUGUGCCCUGGACUCAACACUGUGAUUAGGGAAAUUGUUUGUGGUCUUUAUCACAUGUAUGGAGUCACCAGAAUUCUUGGGAUAGAUGGAGGAUAUAGGGGUUUUUAUUCUCGAAACACUGUUUCGUUAACACCAAAGGUUGUCAAUGACAUCCAUAAACGUGGUGGUACUAUUCUUGGGACAUCAAGGGGAGGUCAUGACACCUCGAAGAUUGUUGACAGCAUUCAGGAUCGCGGGAUAAAUCAGGUUUAUAUAAUAGGAGGUGAUGGAACUCAAAGAGGAGCUUCUGUUAUAUUUGAGGAAAUUAGAAGACGUGGCCUCAAAGUUGCUGUUGCAGGAAUCCCUAAAACCAUAGAUAAUGAUAUUCCAGUCAUAGACAGGUCCUUUGGCUUUGACACUGCUGUUGAGGAGGCUCAACGUGCAAUUAAUGCAGCACAUGUUGAAGCUGAAAGUAUUGAGAAUGGUAUUGGUGUUGUAAAGCUGAUGGGACGGUAUAGUGGUUUCAUAGCCAUGUAUGCUACACUUGCCAGCCGAGAUGUGGAUUGUUGUUUGAUACCAGAAUCUCCAUUUUAUCUUGAAGGAAAUGGUGGGCUUUUUGAGUUCAUAGAAAAACGACUCAAGGAAAAUGGGCAUAUGGUUAUUGUGAUAGCUGAGGGAGCAGGACAGGAGCUUCUCACAGAGAGCUUGCAGUCCAUGAACCAACAAGAUGCUUCGGGAAAUAAACUACUGCAAGAUGUUGGACUGUGGAUAUCACAAAGGAUCAAGGAUCAUUUUGCAAAGCAAAAUAAACUACCUAUUAAUCUUAAAUACAUAGAUCCUACAUACAUGAUCCGGGCCAUUCCAGGCAAUGCAUCUGACAACGUGUACUGCACACUCCUUGCCCAAAGUGCAGUACAUGGUGCCAUGGCAGGGUACACAGGCUUUGUAAGUGGACUUGUGAACGGAAGACAGACUUACAUUCCUUUCAAUCGCAUCACUGAGAGGCAGAACAAGGUUGUGAUUACUGACAGAAUGUGGGCAAGACUUCUAUCUUCAACCAACCAGCCUAGCUUUUCAAACCCCAAAGCUGUCCCUGAAGCCAAGAAAGAAGAGGAAUCCCCGAAUCAAUUGUUGGAUAGAGAAAAUUCCAUGAAAGAACCUUCAGUGACAAAAGAUAUUCCAAGUUUGACAUAAAGUGAAUACUGAGAACACAAUUGAAGAGGUGCUUCUUAUCAGUAAUAUAUUAUGUCGAAUAAUUAUGUAACCGUUAUUAAUAGACUUGCCGGAGAGCGCAAAGAUGUUUGGUUGUUUCAAAUGUCUGAGUUUUUUUUUUUUUAAAUAACUAGUGCUAAGUUGAGGCUGUAAGAUUUGAUUCGACUAUUCGUGAAGCAACCAAAUCCGUUCAUUAUUUAUAUAUUAUAUUUCUUGCUUUUGUUUCCA